AUGGAAAAAAAUGAUGAAUCGAACAUCCGGUCACAGGAGGAUUCUUCAGUAGCAGUUCAUGGAUUACGGCGUUUCAAUAUACGACAGGGGGCGCCUUUGUCAAGCAGCAGUACCUUAAGGAAUUGCAAAGGUAUUGAAGUGCCCAGUAGCUCAAGGUCUAUGUAUCAGAACGGUAAAAUUCUGGAUUCAUGGCACAGUGCUGAAGAUGUGGGUGCAACCUGUUUCUGGAAUCACGAUGAUAUUGAAUGGACGAAAAAUGACAUUUCUUUGCUUAGAAGUGUUAUUACAAGUAGUUAUGCUGGAGUGGAACCUGGAAGCAACAUGAAUUCGAGUGAAGCAAACCACAGCAAUGCAGAUGGAGGAGCUUCACAACGACUGCAGAAAAUCGUUCCAUGUGGUUAUGCACCCAAUCGCUUCCCACUAACUGUUGCCUCUACACCGCGUCCAUGUUGGCCAAAAAUCUGUUAUGGCAAUUCAGCCUAUACUUUUUCCGGCACCGUUACCUUACCUUCGACAAGGAUUGUCCCUGAUUCUCAGCCCAUGACACAGUCAACACCGUCUGCAUCCAGCCUUAGUGCAUCAUCAGUUAACGAACAGAUUAUCUAUCCAAAAUUGUCAUUUGCAUCCGAUGGUGGUUCUGGUAAAAAAUCCCAAACUCUAAUGGCCGGCUUACUUCGUCGAUUUGAAAAUGGUACAAUACUUCUGUUAGAAACACUUCGUAAGAGAAGGGGUGCUGUGAAAAGUACUAAUGAAGCAAAAAAUGUCCGAAACAAAUCUUCGAAAAGUGCCUCAUCACGUGGUAAGCCACACGUGCCUAAAUUCCUCCAGUCAUUCUGCUGCUGUAUACGACCUGAAGCCACUAUUAAAGCAAAACGACGAACACUUCAUCCGGUUCCAUCGACCUCAACUCCACAGUCAUUAAUUACUCAGGUAACAAAAAAUUCACAAAACGGGACAAACGUAAAUGGAACAAGUGUCAAUGUGAAUGAUUCCUAUUCAGCUGACAGUUAUGAUGAUAGCGGAGAAUACGUUCCUAUGCAACUCUCCGACAAACUUUUGUUGCCUCCAGUGCGUCCAUGUGAUGGAGAUAAAAAGUGUCUUAUUAUUGAUUUGGACGAAACGUUGGUGCAUUCUUCAUUCAAGCCGGUGAAGAAUCCGGAUUUUAUAAUACCGGUUGAAAUCGAUAACGUUAUUCACCAAGUUUAUGUGUUGAAACGGCCUUAUGUGGAUGAGUUUCUGGAAAGGAUAGGUGACAAGUUUGAAUGUGUAUUGUUCACAGCCAGCCUUGCGAAAUAUGCCGAUCCAGUUGCUGAUUUCUUAGAUAAACGAGGUGUGUUUCGCGCUCGAUUAUUUCGAGAAUCUUGCGUUUUCCAUAAGGGUAAUUACGUCAAGGAUUUAACAAGGCUUGGACGCGAUUUAAAGAAAGUGAUCAUUGUGGAUAAUUCACCAGCUAGUUACGCUUUUCACCCCGAUAAUGCAAUUCCGGUACAAACGUGGUUCGACGAUGCGAACGAUGUUGAACUAUUAGACAUAAUCCCAGUUUUGGAACAACUUGCUGGAGUGGAUAGUAUUUAUACGGUGUUGAGAAACAGUAACGAUGAUAUGCGGCGAAGUAUUUUGUCGGAACAAAUUGAAACCAGUAGUAAGUCACCUUGA